AUGGCCGACGUCCAAAUACGAACGCACCGUCCAGGCGACAUUGGCUACAUCAUCCACCGACACGGCGUGCUAUAUUCCGAGCUCUGCGGCUGGGGCACCGAGUUUGAAGGCUGGGUCGCCCAAAUCAUGGCGUCCUUCAUCGCCAACUACGACGCCGCGCUCGAACGCUGCUGGAUCGCCGAGCGGGACGGUCGGUUCCAGGGUAGCGUCGUGCUGUGCAAAGCCGACGCGCCCAACACGGCCAAGAUUCGCGUCCUCUUGGUCGAGCCAGAGGCACGAGGGCUGGGACUGGGCAAGCGGCUGUCGCAGAUGUGCAUAGACUUUGCGAGGGAAAGGGGGUUUGGAAAGGUGACGCUGGUGACGCAGAGCAACUUGAGCGCAGCACGGGGCAUUUAUACAGCAAUGGGGUUCAAGUGUGUGAGGCGGGCCAAGUCGGAGCAUUUCGAGGCCGUGGAUUCGCAGGAAGAGACGUGGGAGUUGCAGCUAUAA